CCCUGCUGUGGCUUGUGAAUGAACGUGUGUGCACAGGUUCGGUUCACUUGGAACCCGGCGUCCGCAAGCACGAAAGCUUUCGAGAUCAGUGACUCAACAUCGACUGACUUGGGCUCAUUUUGUAGCCGUCUGCACAAUGUACACAGCGUCGGGGGCGCUUUGAUAUCUGUCUGAAGUCUUAUCUCUCAGGGUAAAUUGACCUUUGGUGUUUUCAAGCAGGUUACUCUGUGCAGGGACAUAGCCAGACUGACUUGCAAAUUAUGGACGGAGCUGUAGCUGCUAGGUCUUCCCCCGAUGCCGUCAGCUUAACCCAGGAACCUGUCCUGGUGUGUACGGAGGCGCAGCUGCUGAGGGAGGGCAGGUGGAGCGGGCAGGUGCACGGCAGGGACGUGGUGGUCUUCCACCACCUGGGCGGCUGCUACUCCAUGGACAGGAUAUGCCAUCAUGCAGGAGGACCUUUACAAGAUGGUGACAUCGAGGACAUAGCAGGCCAUGCCUGUAUUGUCUGUCCGUGGCACAAGAUCAAGAUCACCCUAGCAACUGGUGAGAGCCUGUACCGUGCCAUAGACCCUGCCACAAUAAAGCAGAGACCACCCAAGACAAGAUGGACUUCAAAAGGGGUGAAGCAACGAACACACACGGCAGAAGUCAGGGAUGGAAACAUUUAUGUGACUUUAUCUAACGAUGAACAGAAGGUUGAUUCUGACUAUUACUACUCAGAGGAGUACAAAAAGUUAGUCAGUGCAAGCAAACGAGGCACAACUUGAACUGCAACUACAGCAAUCUUUACAUGUUAUUCUUUUCCAUUGUUAAUAUGGAUGAAAGAUGGGAAUCAUAUUGAUCAGGAAAUAUGAAUUUCUAUGCAUUUAGUCUUGUCUUGUCUUGCCAGGGUUUGUUAAACAGUUUUCUGUUGUUGAAUUAAAAUGUGACAUCAUAGAAAGCUGUAUGUAGUAGUACACUUUCUUCCCAGUUUGACAAUUGCAGUUUCAAAUGUAUAUUCCAAAUGUAAUAAAACUACUGUUGUGCCUUAUGUUAAUCAACCUUAUUGGCAGAUGCCCUAAUCACUAUUCAAACCAUAGUUUAACAGUAUUCAACAAUGUGCUGUUCAAAGUACACACAUGAAACUCCAGAAUAACAAUCAAUUGAAAAAAAUCAAAUAUACCAGUAACCUGUUGUCAACUUUUAAGAAAAAUCUCAUAGCAGCAUUUGGCAACUGAAGUGUAUCAAGUAGAAGUUGCAAUCAUAACUUUCCAUCACAUUGGGUAUCUUCCACAAGUAGCAAGUUACCAACAUAUCUAGAGU